AUGGUGGACAAGGCUAUAGAUCACACAAUGAAAAGGAAUAUCAAUGUCAGUAGACUGUCCUCUUCCAUUGAGUUGAUGUCAGUUUCCAAGCGGCCAGACCCUGAGAGCAAAAUGGUUUCAAGAGCUGCUGAGAUAAUGGGAAUGUCAUUGAUUCUGAUCCAAAAAAGAGUUCACCAUAAAUACAGAAGAUCAGUGAAUGUUACUGGUCUUCUGUCUGUGAACGCGCUGAAAGCCCUUGCUACUGCAUCAGGAUGUUUACCUCACAUGCAGCCGCCAACUUGCCACAAUAGUUGUUUGGCCAGAAAAUACAGGUCAAUUAAUGGGAACUGCAACAACAGAAAUAACCCCAGUUGGGGGGCCUCGAACACUGCUCUCGUACGGUGGCUGGCUCCAAGUUAUGAGGAUGGAUUCAGCCAGCCGAAAGGGUGGAAUGCUGAUCACACAUACAGAGGCUUUAAGUUGCCACUUGUCCGAGAGGUAACCAACAAAAUCCUUCGAAUAGCCAAUACGACUAAAUUGGCAGAAGAUAGACUAUAUUCGCACAUCUUAGUCGAAUGGGGCCAAUAUAUUGACCACGACUUUGCCUUCACACCUCAGAGUGUCAGCCAAGCAGCUUUCCACAGUGGAGUAGACUGCAAGAAUAUGUGCCAGAAUAUGAAUCCAUGUUUUCCAAUUAAGAUUAUUACAAUGAGAGACUAUAUUCCGAAAAUCCUUGGUUCUCAAGCGUUUGAUCGGUUUAUGGGAAAAUAUGAAGGAUACAGUGACAGAUUGAAUCCCACCUUGUCCAACGUAUUUGCAACCGCUGCAUUCCGUUUUGGUCACACAACCAUCAGCCCGAGGAUACAAAGACUAGAUGAAAGUUACAAGGAGCACGCCACAUACCCAAGCAUAAACCUCCACAAGACCUUCUUCAGUCCUUGGCGCAUCAUUAAAGAAGGUGGCUUAGACCCGCUGCUCAGGGGGCUUCUGGCAAAGCCAGCCAAGCUGCAAACACCAAAUCAAAUGAUGAUCGAGGAAUUGACAGAGCGGUUAUUUGCUCUGACUAAUGCUGUAGCUCUGGACUUGGCAUCGCUGAACUUACAAAGAGGGCGUGACCAUGGACUCCCUGGAUACAAUGAAUGGAGGGAAUUCUGUAAACUGGAAAGAUUGGAAACCAAAACGGAUUUAAGGAAAGCAAUUUCUGAUUUAGAUUCUGUUGAAAAGAUAAUGGAUCUCUAUGGUCAUCCAGACAAUAUUGACAUCUGGCUUGGAGGCUUGGCAGAAGAUUUUCUUCCUGGGGCCAGAGUUGGCCCAUUAUUUGCUUGUUUAAUUGGAAAACAAAUGAAAGCUUUAAGAGAAGGCGAUAGGUUUUGGUGGGAAAAUCCUGGUCUCUUCUCCUCGGCUCAAAGAAAUGAACUUUACAAGCAUUCUCUGUCUCGUGUCAUUUGCGAUAACACUGCCAUCACUGAGGUGCCGCUGGAUGCUUUCAGAGUAGGGCAGUACCCACAAAACUUCGUAAAUUGUGACCAAGUCCCUGGGCUGAACCUCCUGGCGUGGAAUGAAAAUCCUCAACAAGUUGGAUCGUGUGGGCCUCCACCACAAAUAGAAGAUGGAGAAUUUGUGCUGUGCACCAGUUCUGGGCAAUCCAUUAUCUCGUAUGUUUGUCAUCAUGGUUUUUAUCUGCUUGGACCAGAGGAGUUGACCUGCAGUAUCAGGGGAUGGAGCAGUGACCCACCUGCCUGCAAAGACAUUAAUGAAUGUGAAGAUGCUGCAAGGCCUGCUUGCCACAGCUCUGCUGGUUGUGUGAACAUAAAAGGAAGUUACAGGUGUACCUGCUCGGAUCCUUACCUCCUCUCAGAGGAUGGACACAGCUGCACUGAUAAUGUUCUACAUCAAUAACUUCCACUGUGGGGAUUGUCAUUGCAAACAGAACCACGAGUUCAGGUUUCCCUGACAGAAAUACAUAUUGCAGCUGCAACAGAGAUACAACUCGCAUCAAAUCCCCUCCAUCAUUAUUACUGCCUAUUGGACUUAUACAGGGCAGAGUCUUCAGCCUCUUGGUUGAUAAAUAGCUAUGUUCAAACACCAGUGUUACAUUUAUUUCUCUUUGUAAGAAAACAAAAAAUGUAAUAAUGAUUUGUACAUUUUUUUUCAUAUGGAUGACUUUAGAAUCAGACUCAUAGUCAUACAGCGUGGAAACAGGCCCUUCUGCCCAACUUGCACACUGACCAACAUGUUCCAUCUACACUAAUCCCACCUCUGCGUUUGGCCAAUAUUUCUCUAAACAAUAGACAAUAGAUACAGGAGUCGGCCAUUCGGCCCUUUGAUUCAAUGUGAUCAUGGCAGAUCAUCCCCAAUCAGUAGCCCGUUCCUGCCUUCUCCCCAUAUCCCCUGACUCCACUGUCUAUAAGAGCCUCCACCAUACUCCGAGACAGAGAAUUCCAUAGACUCGCAUCUCCAUGUGAGAAAAAGUGUUUCCUCGACUCCGUUCUAAAUGGCUUACCCCUUAUUCUUAACUGUGACCCCUGGUUCUGGACUCCCCUAAUAUCAGGAACAUGUUUCCUACCUCUUGCGUGUCCAAACCCUUAACAAUCUUAUAUGUUUCAAUAAACCUGUCCUAUCCAUGUAAUUGUCAAACUGUUUUUUAAAAAGUUGCAAUAGUCCCUGCCUCAACGACUUCCUCUGGCAGCAUGUUCCAUACACCCACCACCCAGUGUGUGAAAAAGUUACCCCUCAGAUGCUCAUUAAAUCUUUCCCCCUUCA